UAUUUGCGAAUUAAUUAUUUUGAUUAAAUUUCUUCACUUGUCGUUUUUUUUGCAUUUAAUUAUUAUUUUCAAACAAAUUAAAACAAGAAUAUGAUCGAAUCGAUAAAUUGAUCUGCUCAGCUGACUUUGUCCCAAGGCCCUUUCCUAACAAAAUGAUCUCUAACCUUAAAAUCAUAGUGGUAUAAUAGUACACAAAUUGCUAAUUUUACGUUUAUAAUUAUAUUUCUAAUUCUACUUUAUUCAAAAUCAUUUUAAAAUACCCACAGAAUCAGUUAAAAUAUCAUAUUAUUAUUCAUUUUGUCUUUUCUGAUGAACACCACUUAUGUCAAAGUGCAUGGAACGACGCAUUCUUCGCCAAUUGGUUAACUUACGCCAUGUAUCGUCAUCGUCUACAUCGAACAAGGGGGAAACCGCCAAUCCAACAAAUGAUCUUAUUGGUCAGCCACAUCCAAUAUCCAAUCUGAGAGCUGUAAAGUUCUACAUCCCAAAAAAUGAGAACGACGUGGAGCGCCAGUAUCGAAUACAACGAGAGGAGGUACAAAAAUGGAACGAGAAAUUCUGGAUAGCUCACAAUACACAUUUCAUAGCGGAGCGGAAAAAAUUCCUGGCAACUCAUAAAAAGGACUUUGACAACGAGCCCAUGUCCCCAGACAAGUUAUCAGUUUUCUACAAGAGAUUUCUGGACGAGCACUGGAAAAUUCACUUGCAUUACAACUACGAAUGGUACAAGAAGAAUGCAGGGCUUGUAGUGUUAGCCCUCAGAGUGAAGCUGCAUCGUUUAAAGAUGGCGUUCUUUCAAAAGAACUCGUGACCCACUGCUUGGUAGAUAACAUCUCGAUUUUAAUCUCUAGUCAGAAAGUGUAUAUUAUUUUUGGUGUAAAUAAAUUAUGUAAAUAUUGUUGGUGAA